UAGGUACGUGGCUGCUUCAGCUGACAGUCUACAUGAUGGCGACAGAGGUUCAGAGCGGCGACCUCGACAGCGCUACUUCUAGCCGGCUCGAAGUUUCCAUCGAUGGCCUCACCCUCACUCCGGACCCGGAGGGCGAGCAGAGCCAGGCCGAAGAACCGGAGUCCAUACCCACGGAACCCAGCAGAGAUAAGCCGGGCGGCGCUGAAGGCGAAGAUGGAGAGACUGCUAAAUGUGCGAUAGAGAGGAAAUGGGGCUUUCCUCUGCUGGAGCUGUACGGAAUGGCCCUUAAAUUUUUUAAAGAUAAAGAUGGAAAGGCCUUCCACCCGACCUAUGAGGAGAAGCUUCGAUUGGUGGCUCUGCACAAACAGGUGUUACUCGGUCCUUACAAUCCCGAUGCUUCACCAGAGGUCGGCUUCUUUGAUGUCCUGGGCAACGACCGCAGGAAAGAGUGGGCUUCACUGGGUAACAUGGAGAAGGACGAUGCCAUGGUGGAGUUUGUCAAGCUACUUAACAAAUGCUGUAACCUCUUUGCCCCAUACGUCACAUCACACAAGAUCGAAAGGGAGGAGCAGGAGAGGAAAAGGAAAGAAGAAGAAGAGCGUCUAAGGCGGGAAGAGGAAGAAAGGGAGCGACAGAGGCUGGAGGAAGAGAGACGGAGGCUUGAGGAGGAGGAAAGGCUUAGAAGAGAGGAAGAAGAAAGGAGGCAGGCAGAAGAGGAGAGGCUACGGAUUGAGCAGCAGAAACAACAGAUAAUGGCAGCAUUAAAUGCGCAGACAGCGGUGCAGUUCCAACAGUAUGCUGCUCAGCAGUACCCAAACAGCCCUGAGCAGCAGAUGAGCCUCAUCCGUCAGCUGCAGGAGCAGCACUAUCAGCAGUACAUGCAGCAGCUCUACCAGGUCCAGCUGGCCCAGCAACAGGCGGCCUUACAGAAGCAGCAGCAGUCUGAUUCAAUGGUGCAGGGCACCCUAGAAUCUAGCAGCUUCCACACAGGUGAACCCAUCCCCGCCUCCUCAGCAGGACCGUUGUGUGCUGCUUCACCACAGACUGGAGAAGAAGCUCCAACAAUCAAUGGAGGCCAGUCAGACUCUUACUCAGAGAGUAUGGAUCGAGAGCCAGAGCCUGAGCCGGCAGAAGAGGUCUCAGAGAAUGGGCCUUUAUUAGCAGAAUCCCCACCAGUCAUAGCUGCUCCUUCCAUGUGGACACGGCCACAGAUCAAGGACUUCAAGGAGAAAAUCCGUCAGGACGCAGACAGCGUGAUCACGGUGGGGCGCGGUGAGGUGGUGACGGUACGUGUUCCCACUCAUGAAGACGGCUCGUACCUGUUCUGGGAGUUUGCUACAGACUAUUACGACAUCGGCUUUGGGGUCUUCUUUGAGUGGACAGACGCAGCCUCUGCUUCAGUCAGCGUGCACGUGUCAGAGUCCAGUGAAGAGGAUGAAGAUGAUGAAGGUGAGCCAACCAGUGAGGAAGAGAAGGCCAAGAAGGAGGCAGGGAAGCCUCAGGUGGAUGAGAUUGUACCGGUUUACCGGCGGGACUGUCAUGAGGAGGUGUACGCCGGCAGCCACCAGUACCCAGGUCGCGGAGUCUACCUGCUCAAGUUCGACAACUCCUAUUCACUCUGGCGCUCCAAGAGUGUUUACUACAGAGUCUACUACACCAGAUAAGCCUGAAUACAGACAAAAGGGGAGCCAAGGAGUGUGUAUGUUCGUAUAUAUAAAUAUAUGUAUGUACGUGUGUGUGUGUUUGUAAGGGGGGGAGGGUGAAGAUUUGUGUGAAGGCAGCCUGUAUUUGUGUGUAUGUGUGCGUGUGUGCGAAGGAGGAAACUACCAGAUUUAUUCUGGAUUAAACCACCAGAGGGAGACAAAGAGACACAUCUGGAGUCCUAGUCUGGAGACUCGACUAAUAUGUAUUUACUGUAUGUGUACGCGUGACCCAAGAUGCACCCAUGCUAGAUCCCGUUAUCGAGCCCUUGGAAGAGGAGUGCGUAUACCUGUUGUAUAUUCACCACCUGUCCUUGCUGCAUUCACACCAAGCUGUAGGAUUUUGCUCUCAUGAUAUAUUUCACCAGUUUCCCCCCCUGGGCUCCACUUAAGUCACCAAAGCCCGGCCCAGCACUGUCCGACACGGUGGCGUUGUGGCUGCUUGUGCUCCGAGUGAUGCUAUCAUAACAACAAGUGGAAACUUGGCGGCUCCACGAGCCUAUGUUUCCCUUUCUUUCUUUUCUUUUUCUGUUUGUUUGCUUUUGAGUGGAAAAGGUGGUUGUUUAUCCCACGAGAACACAGAGGACAAUGUUAGAAAUCCAUUUAUUAUUAAAGAUGUGCUUCAUAACACUAUGCCUUUUACUCAGAGAUCUUCUGGUCUUUGCCAAGUGUGUUCUCACUCAUUUAAACAGCCCGGGUUCUCAAACCUGCUCAUCCUUUUUGUUGUCACAGUGGUCUGGCACCCCUUUUCCAAAGCCACCGUACCUGUAUGAAGAUCUGAGAGGAUUGUGAAGUGGAACGAGUGGUAUUUUUCAUCUUCUUCUCGCAAACGUUCUGUUUCUUAUACUUAUUUCGAGAGUCAGGUUACAACAGCAGUGUGUGUCUUUUUAAACUUGCAUCAUUUAUGAAGGACCGGCAAGAAGUCAUUCAGUAACAUGGGUGUUGAAGGAGGGUGUGCAAAACAUCAUUCACAUGGUAAUUUAUGGCUGUGAGCCUUAUCGCCUGCAGAAGCGUCGCAGUGUAAGAAGUAUAAAAGUCACAUCGGUGUAAGAGUAAUUUCCGUUCUCCCACAAAUGUUUUUCCGUUUGAGUUUUU